CAGCCAAGGAGGAUCAGAGGAAGAUGACCCCGACCCAAGUGGCCGAGCGGAUCGGCCACGACCUGGCCGAGAUUUCCCGGGCCGCCCAGCUCCUACAAGGUCGAGCCAUGCUGGCCGAGGAAGCUGAUCACCACAAGAAGACGACCGCCCGUCGCUUGAAGGAGAUUAAGGACCUCCAAGCCGAGCUGGAGAAGACCCAGAAGGCCCUGAUGAAGGGCGACGAGGAGCGGGUCCUCGCCGAGAAGGUCGCCAGUCGGGCGAUUGGAGAGGCCAAGGAGCUGAAGGCUCAGCUCGAGAAUCCGAGCGAGCUGGCGCGGGCAGCCUUCAAAGACAAGGACUUGGGCUCGGCCUUCCUUACAACAGCCCGGGGAACAGAGAUCGAGGAAGAGCUGAUCGUCUCGUUCGGUCGCUGGGGCUUUACGGCCGGGAAACGGAAGAUGCUUGAACGAGUCCGUUCCCGGUUGGAGCAGGCUCUGGACGGGGAAGAUCUUCAGCUGGUUCUCUCGGCAUUGCCCCCAGACCUAGCCGAUCCCGGUCCCUCUCCCUUCGCCCCCAAAGCCAAGGCAUCUGAGCCCGGGGCACCAACGGCGGUCACCUCAAGCGGGAAGGGGGCGGCUGUUGGAGCUCAGGAGACGAAAAAAUAGGCUAGGCUGUCUCCUCUUCUUUUUGUAAGGAGCAUUGAUCGGGAGCCCGGUCCCGAUUUGUACCGGGCAGCUUUUGUUUGUUAAUAAAAUUUGUUUUUUG